AUGGGCUGUGGAACUUCUGCAAAUAAUGAAACUGUCGAUACAGAUAGUAGAAAAGAUAUCGACGAUUUAAUGGGCAAGAAAAUACCCAAAGUAUUUAUACGUUAUUGAAGUUUUAGUUUCUUAUACAACCUUAAUAUACUACUUAGGGAGUUCAGCAAUCGGAGAUGUCAGAUGGAGAGGACUAAAAAAAUGAUAUUCAAGGGGACUAUCAUAGACAAGGAAAAAAGGCGUAGAAAAAAUUUAAAGGUGGGGAUGAACAAAAUGUUCAAAUAGUGGAGAACAUUAUUAAGUUGGAUAAGACAAUAUAAAGUAAGGGAUUCAUUUUAAAUUAAAUAGAGAGUGAUAGAUAAAUGAUAGAGAAGAGUUUCAAGAGCCAUUUUGUAUUUUUUAAUUUGACUCAAUAAGCCAUCGAUUAUCUGAUAAAAAACUUGGUGUUCUGCACAUAGAAAAGAGAUUAGUUCAUAUUUCAAUAGGGAGAUUAAGUAUAUAAGCAAAUGAAUUUUAGGCUACAUCUUACUUCAUCGUCCAGAAAGGACAAGCAGAAGUUAUCAUAAACCAAAAAUAAGUGAAGGUGAUAUCAGAAGGAGACUAUUUUGGAGAGAUAGCCUUAUUAUACAAUGCCACAAGAAGUGCUUCAAUCAAAACCAUCAGUAUUUACAUAUUUCAUAAGUUUAGCUGACUGUAAUUUUUGGAUGCUCGACAGAGGAACCUUCAGGAAGGCAGUUGAAGAUAUGAUGAUAAAAGAAUAUGACGAGAACAGAAAGUUUAUUAACGAGGUUACAUUCUUUUCUUUUAUGACCCCAGAGUAAAGAGACUCAAUUGCUCAUGCAUUAAUUACAACUAAGUUUGAACCAGGAGAAACAAUUGUGAAUGAAGGAGAUUAGGCAGAUUCUUAUUAUGUAAUCAAGUCAGGCACUGUUGGAGUAUUCAAAGGGAAAAAGUAGAUCAACACGAUGGGGCCAAAAGACAGUUUUGGUGAGUAGGCUUUGUAUGAGAAAAGCACUAGAGGAGCAUCAGUUAGAGCUGAGUCUGAAGUCAAGUGUUUGGCAUUAGGAAGAGACAAUUUAACCAAAAUAUUGGGAGAUAAAGUAUAGUUGAUUAUCUUCAACAACAUAAUGAGAUGGAGUUUAGAAAAGAGCAGCAUUUUGAACUAAUUAACAAAAUUACAAUAGGAAAAGAUUACCUUGAAGGCCAAGAUAUAAAAUUACAAAAAAGGAUAAGUUAUAUUUUAGAAAGAUACUAAAUGUGAAUAAUUAGUAAUAGUUCUUGAAGGAACAUUAUAAAGUGAUGAUGAUAAAAUAGGGAAAGGAAAUUGUUUUGGUGACUAAUUUCUGUCUCAAAACAAAAAGAAUGAUUUGUUAUCAAGUGAUUAUUUAAUGGUUACUGAUGGUGUUUUAGCUACCAUUUCCUUUACUUAAAUGUUUAAAAUUCUUGGAGGAGAUUUUGAAACUGCAAUCCAAAAGAAAUUUGAAUCCCAUGAAGUAAAAAUUAAAAACAUUGCGAAUAGAGCAGAUGCUUCUCAUAUUCGUGUUGAAGAUCUAGUUUUCAUUAAGAAAUUAGGAUCUGGUUAAUUUGGAUGGGUUUAUCUAGUUAAACAUAAAGAUAUUGAUAGUUGUUAUGCUCUGAAGAGUGUAUCUAAGGCUUCGAUUGUUGAAUAAAGUUUAGAAAGACAUGUUUUACAAGAGAAAAUGGUUUUGGAAUUAUGCAAUUUCCCAUUUGUGAUGCAAUUUGUCAGAACAUUCAAAGAUGAAAUUUCUGUUUACUUCCUUGUCUAAUAUAUCAGAGGGAUGGAGCUCUUCGAUGUGAUCAGGGAAAUCGGAUUAUUGAAUAAAGAACAAACCCAAUUUUAUAUUGGAACUAUGAUCUUAUGCUUGGAAUAUCUCCACUCCAAUGGAAUUGUCUAUAGAGAUUUGAAGCCUGAGAAUAUAAUGGUUAAUUCUGAUGGGAUCAUGAUUUUGAUAGAUCUGGGAACUGCAAAGUAAAUCAGUAAAGCCAAAGGAUAAAGAACUUACACCAUCAUCGGCACUCCACAUUACAUGGCCCCUGAGAUCAUUCUUGGUAAGGGUUACUCUUAUCAUGUCGAUUUGUGGAGUGUAGGCAUUUGCUGUUACGAAUUCCUAUGCGGAGGAGUGCCAUAUGCUGAGGACAUCGAGGUAACCCUUAUAUUGUUAUAGAGUAGGAUCCAUAUGAGAUUUAUGAAGAAAUCAUGAACAACUAAUUAAAGUUCCCUCAUUUCUUCAGAGAUCGAUCAGCUAAAAGAUACAUCGAACAGUUAUUGUCUAAACAACCUGAAGCUAGAUUAGGAACUUCCUAUGCUGGUUUAAAAGCCCAUGCUUGGUUUGAUGAUUUUGAUUGGGAUAAACUAUUUAGUCAUUAAUUACCACCACCUGUACGUAUAUGUUAUAUGGCUUUAGUAUGUCCCUCCUAAAGAAAGAUUGAUUGGGGAUUUCGAGAUUGAUAAAAAAUUCUAAUAAGGCAAACUAGUUGUAUCCGAGAUAAAGACAGAAUAGCAAUAACAGAAAAUAAAAUACAGAAAAGAACUAGCAAAAGAUCCAAAUUGGGAUAAAUCAUUUUGAUGUAGAAAAUAU